AUGGAGGAGACGGUGUUUACACCUGCGAUAGAAGGAAUGAAGAAAAUCAAGUCUGAUCAUGAUGAAAUCUUGACUAAGCCCUUCUUGGACGUCUGCAAAAUGUUGCUGCCUAUUCUAGAUAAAUUUGGUGCUGCCAUGGCUGUUGUGAAAUCUGAUAUAAGUGGAAAUAUCUCGAGAUUGGAUUCUAAGUACACUGGAAACCCAACUAGAUUCAAUUACUUAUAUGCUCUGGUACAAGCUGAAGUUGAGACGAAAACUGCAAAGAGUUCAUCGAGUUGUACCAAUGGUCUUCUUUGGUUGACAAGAGCAAUGGAUUUCUUGGUGGAGUUGUUCCGUAACUUAUACCAACAUCAAGAUUGGUCAAUGCAACAAGCUUGUAAUGACUCCUACAGCAAGACUUUGAAGAAAUGGCAUGGCUGGAUAGCAAGUUCAAGUUUUACAGUUGCCAUCAAGUUGGUCCCUGAUAGGAAGAAGUUCAUGGAGGUCAUAGCAAGCAAAGGAGAUGUGUAUGCUGAUAUGGACAAAUUUUGUGCAUCCUUUUCACCACUUUUGGCUCAGAUACAUAAGUUUCUGCAUUCGUGCGGCUUGGAUUCUAUGAAGGCGGCAUGA